AGGUUUAUAAUCUCAAAAGGCUUAGCACAAUAUAUAAGGAGCCACACAUGGAAAGAGACGGUCAAAGCCUGAACAGUUGUACGCUGUUGCGUCCCUGUUAAUCCUGUCUAAGACUAGAAUGAACAGUUUGUUGAUAUGCGCGUGCCUGAUAGGCGUGGCAACCGCUGGUUCCAUCUUCCGGUACGAAGAACACGGUGAUAAUGACAACUGGUAUGGAAACCGGUGGAAUAACGGAUGGUAUGGAGAGAACGGCAACUGGGGAAGAAGCAACUGGAAUAAUUGGAAUGGCAACAGCUGGUACGGAAAUAAUUGGAUGGAAAACUGGUAUGGAAACAACUGGAAUAACGAGGGAAACAACUGGAAUAACUGGUAUGGAGAAAACAGGAAUAACUGGUAUGGAGAAAACAGGAAUAACUGGUAUGGAGAAAACAGGAACAAUUGGUAUGGAAAUGACUGGACUAACGAUGCUGGUUACUACAGGAAUAACGGGUACGGCAAGUGGAAUAACUGGUCUGGAGAAAACAAGAAUAACUGGUAUGGAAAUGACUGGAAUUACGAUGCUGGCUACUACAGGAAUAACGGGAACGGCAACUGGAAUAACUGGUACGGCAACUGGAACAAUGACUGGCAAGGCUGGAACGGAAUCUUUGGUGACAACAACUGGUAUGGGCGGAACUACUACAACAACGGCAACGGAUUCUACAGCCGCUUCUUCUCAAAGAGAGCCACAAUUGCAAAGAGCCGGUCAGAGCCUGAACAGUUGAGUAAUAUUGUUUCCCUGUUAAUCCUGUCCAAGACUAGCAUGAACAGUUUGUUGAUAUGUGCGUGCCUGAUCGGCGUAGCAACUGCUGGUUCCAUCUCCCGGUACGAAGAACGCGAUGACAACUGGUACGGGAACCGAUGGAAUAGCGGAUGGUAUGGAGAGAACGGCAACUGGGGGAGAAACAACUGGAAUAAUUGGAAUGGCAACAACGGGUACGGAAAUAAUUGGAUGGGCAACUGGUAUGGAAACAACUGGAAUAACGAGGGAAACAGCUGGAAUAACUGGUAUGGAGAAAACAGGAAUAACUGGUAUGGAGAAAACAGGAAUAACUGGUAUGGAGAAAGCAGGAAUAACUGGUAUGGAGAAAACAGAAAUAACUGGUAUGGAAAUGAUUGGAAUAACGAUGCUGGUUACUACAGGAAUAACUGGAAUGGAAACAACUGGAAUAACUGGUACGGCAACUGGAACAAUGACUGGAAUGGCGGGAACGGAAACUAUGGUGAAAACAAUUGGUAUGGACGGAACUACUACAACAACGGGAACGGGAACUACAACGGGUUCUACAACCGCUUCUUUGGAAAGAAGUAGACCGAGAGCCCUGCCAUACACACCUCAAUGACCGGUGAUCCGACGUCAUGCGAAUACCGCUGAACCAUGUUUUAAUGUUUAACGAAAAUAAAUUAGAGCAUUUUA